GUUCAGAGGUGGGCGUGAGAUUCUGCAUCUCUAGUAAGCGCCGGGUGAUACUGAUGCUGCCGGUUCCGGGUCCACCCUGCAUUGCAGGAGUCAAAAGCAGCAGUCCGCCUAGCCCAGGUGGACUGAAUCAGAAUCACCUGUCCUGUGGUUGUCUAAAAUGCGGACUCCUAGGCUGUACUUCUGUUCUCUGGGACCAGACAUCUCUAGGGAUGGAGCCCAAGAAUCAGCUCUUUGAGCUGGUACUGCAGGUGAUUCUUAGGUACAUUAAAGGUUUUGAACCACUGGUGCUAGGGAGAAUGGAUAGGGUGGUUUAGACUCAAGGAGCGGGAGUGGACUUCCGUGGUGGUUCAGUGGUUGAGAGCUCACCUGCCAAUGCAGGGGACACGGGUUCGAGCCCUGGUCUGGGAAGAUCCCACAUGCCGCGGAGCAACUAAGCCCAUGUGCCACAGCUACUGAACCUGCGCUCUGGAGCCUGCGAGCCACAACUACUGAAGCCCGUGCGCCUAGAGCCUGUGCUCCGCAACAAGAGAGGCCCCCGCUUGCUGCAACUAGAGAAAGCCCGCAUGCAGCAACGAAGACCCAACGCAGCCAAAAGUUAAAUAAAUAAAUAAAUAGAUAGAUUGGGGGAACACAUCGUUCACAGGGACACGGUGAGUCGCAUAGAAAGUCGGUUGUAGAAAGCUGGCCACUUCUGUAGAGCUUGCGUGGAGACGGCUGGCUGGGUGACCCGGGGCCUCUGCAGCUCUUCUGUAAAGUGUGCAGGCUGUGGAUUGAUGACUGCUCUCCUGUCUCUGGGUCUUGUCUUUGCAGUCGUCCAGCAUGUUCUGCCCACCCCCCGCCGAGGCGCACUGACCAUGAGCUUCAACUCCUCCCUCAGCCACAGGAAGGAGCUGAGUAACCUCACCGAGGAGGACGGUGGCCAAGGGGGCGUCGUCGUCACCGAGUUCAUCGCCAUUGUCGUCAUCACCAUUUUCGUCUGCCUGGGCAACCUGGUCAUCGUGGUCACCUUGUACAGGAAGUCCUACCUCCUCACCCUCAGCAACAAGUUCGUCUUCAGCCUGACGCUGUCCAACUUCCUGCUGUCCGUGCUGGUGCUGCCUUUCGUGGCGACCAGCUCCGUUCGGAGGGAAUGGAUCUUCGGCGUGGUCUGGUGCAACUUCUCGGCCCUCCUCUACCUGCUUAUCAGCUCGGCCAGCAUGCUCACCCUCGGGGUCAUCGCCGUCGACCGCUACUACGCGGUCCUGUACCCCAUGGUGUACCCCAUGAAGAUCACAGGUAACCGAGCCGUGGUGGCGCUCGCCUACAUCUGGCUUCACUCCCUCAUCGGCUGCCUGCCACCUCUGUUUGGUUGGUCAUCGGUGGAGUUUGACGAGUUCAAGUGGAUGUGUGUGGCCGCGUGGCACCGGGAGCCUGGCUACACCGCCUUCUGGCAGAUCUGGUGUGCCCUGUUCCCCUUCCUGGUCAUGCUGGUGUGCUAUGGCUUCAUCUUCCGCGUGGCCAGGGUCAAGGCACGCAAGGUGCACUGUGGCACCGUGGUCCUUGUGGAGGAGGACGCGCACGGGAACGGGAGGAAGAACUCCAGUACCUCCACCUCUUCCUCGGGCAGUAGGAAGAAUGCCUUUCAGGGCGUGGUCUAUUCGGCCAACCAGUGCAAAGCGCUCAUCACCAUCCUGGUGGUCAUUGGGGCCUUCAUGGUCACUUGGGGCCCCUACAUGGUCGUCAUCACCUCUGAGGCCCUCUGGGGGAAGAACUAUGUCUCCCCAACCCUGGAGACCUGGGCCACUUGGCUGUCCUUUACCAGUGCCGUCUGCCACCCGCUGAUCUAUGGACUCUGGAACAAGACGGUUCGCAAGGAACUACUGGGCAUGUGCUUUGGGGAUCGGUAUUACCGGGAACCGUUUGUGCAGCGGCAGAGGACUUCCAGGCUCUUCAGCAUUUCCAACAGGAUCACAGACCUGGGCCUGUCCCCACACCUCACGGCACUCAUGGCAGGCGGGCAGCCCCUGGGUAACAGCAGCAGCACGGGGGACACCGGCUUCAGCUGCUCUCAGGACUCAGGAACGGAUGUCAUGCUGCUCGAAGACUUCACGUCUGAUGACAACCCUCCCUCCCACACUUGCCCACCCAAGAGGAGGAGCUCAGUGACGUUCGAAGAUGAAGUGGAACAAAUCAAAGAGGCCGCCAAGAACCCUGUUCUUCACGUGAGAGCCGAAGUGCACAAGUCCUUGGACAGUUACGCAGCCAGCUUGGCCAAAGCCAUAGAGGCUGAAGCCAAAGUCAACUUAUUUGGGGAGGAGGCGCUGCCUGGGGUCUUGCUUGCCGCACGGACCGUCCCCGGGGUUGGCUUUGGGAGCCGCCGAGGCAGCAGGGCUCUCGCGAGUCAGAGGCUGCAGCUGCAGAGCAUCGAGGAGGGGAACGUUCUAGCCGCGGAGCAGACGUGAGGGUGGAUGCCCUCAACACACCCUGGUGUGCAGCCAUCAGAAAAAACGCUGAACACAAUGUCUUGGGUCCCUGAAAUACUUGCAGAUUAGAGACAGGUCUGUGGAUGGACCACGGGAUAUACUCACGACAAGGGUUCAGCCUUGAGCCCCAGCCGUCUCCCGUCUGGAAGGAACUGUGAAGGUGAUGCAGCUACAAAAGGAUGAGACAGGGAACUAGCACAGAGUGAGUGCCUACUGUGUGCCUGACCUGUUAAGACAUCUGAGUGCCCGUCAUGUGCUAGGCAUUAGUUGGGCACUUCCAAAUGCUUUAUCUCACUGCAAAUGAUACAGUGGGGAUAGUGCAGGCUUUGGUGUGGGACGUUCUGGGUUCGGAUUCCACGCUGCUGCUUCUGAGUAAGGUGUCCUUGGGCUAAUUACUCAAUCUUUCUGUAUUGCAGUUUCCUCAUCUGUAAAAUGAACUUUGUAUUCUGUUUCUAUGUGGGGACACAGACUCCAGGGGGCCCUCUGAUUAUGUGGAUUAGGGCAUCCAGCACAGUGCCUGGGGCAUAGCGGAUGCUGAACCCCUGCUGUUUCUUCUCCACUCUGCAGGAUACAAUGGUGACCAAAACAGUCACAGUCUCUGUCAUCAAGGAGCUUAUCUAGACUGAACACUCAAGGGAGUGUACAAUUACAGCCCGGCGAGUGAGCACGGCACGUCCUCUCAAGUUCCAUGAUUUACACUUGCUGUUCCUCUCCUUGGGACACCUUCACCCAGUUCUUCAGCUGUAAUGGUUCUGCUUACUCAUCUCGAUACGACUAUUAUUCCCUGUGUGAAACUUCCCCCAGACUUUUUCAAAUACCCAACCUGCAGAAUUAUGAACUCCUUCCUUCACACUCCAGAAUAUUUUGUGUGUAUCGUGUAAUAAUUACAGUAAUAGAUUGUUUGCCUGUCUUCUUACAGACUAGACUGUGAGCUCCUGGGAAGGUGGUAGUUAUUUCUUUUAUGUCCUAAGGGUCUAGUACGAGAGGUUCAAUGAAGGUUUAUCAAAUAAAUGAACAUCAGUUUUACUAAGAUAAGAUAUAUUACGUUAGGGUAUGUAAAGAAGGCAACAGUACCGAAUCACUACCACCACUAGCGUGGAACCCUUUCUAUCACAGAAAGAUUUCUCCAGGGUAAGCUGGGGGAAAAAAGGCUUAGACACGGGGGAAACAGUUCCGUCCCACUGUCAACACCAAGAGAAAACGGAAUCCUGAGAUUUUUAUUAUCUACAGAGGCUUAAACACUCCCAUUGGAUUCUAAGUCAACAACACCAGUAUACAGAAGGGAUUGUAAGUUUAAUUGUCCAAGUGAAUGAGAUUAAAUCCCCUCUACGCCAACUCCAUUUCAAUGUCAAACUAAUGAGAUAAUGUAUGUGUGUAUGAUUUGUAACCUGAAUUAUACAAAUUUUAGUUAUUAUUAUAUAAUAAGUGUUCAAUACACAUUUGUAAAAUAAAUGAACAAAAUAAGAUGAUGACAGACCUUCACAGGUCACUAAGGAAACUAAACACAGUGGAAGACUUUCUGAUCAAUAAAAGGCUACCUAAGGGAUGUUAGUAUAAAA